AUGAAUACAGCUAUUGUUAGUCUGAAGCGUCAGCUUCGGAAAGAUAUGGCUUCUCGACUAGAAAAGCUAUCUGUAGCAGAGACACAAAGCCAAUCCGAACAAGUGUUUGAAAGGUUGAAGCGAUUAGAACAGUUUAAGAAUGCAAAGAAUGUAAGUGUAUACAUUAGCAUGCCUACUGGUGAAGUCGUCACUACCAACAUCAUACACCAUUUGCUUCGUUCAGGAAAGAAUUGCUUUAUACCUCGUUGCACCAAAACCCACAUGGACAUGGUAAAGAUUAAUAGCAUAGAGGACUUUAAUUCACUUCCAGUCAAUAAAUGGAAAAUACCUGAGCCUCCUCUUGAUCAAGACAGAGAAAAUGCUCUGGAGACUGAGGGUCUUGAUCUCGUAUUAAUGCCUGGAGUUGCAUUUGAUCAGAAUAGGAAUAGGAUAGGCCAUGGAAAGGGGUAUUAUGAUCGUUAUUUACGUAAAUGUAAAUCUUGGGCAGAAGCAAACAACACUGCUCCACCCAAAACUAUUGCUCUCGCCUUGGACCAACAGAUUGUAGAUGUUGGUGUUAUUCCCUUGGAAGAAACAGACGAAACACUGGAUUGCGUAUUAUCACCAUCGUUUAUAUUUUCAAACUAA